AUGUCGGCCCUCUACACGCUCCUGCUCUCCGCCUCGAUUGUCGAGGACACCGAUGUCGCGUGCAUACCGGCACACAAGGCCGACUGCGUCGGUCGCUGUCUCACCGGCGGCAAGCAGCGAGGGUGCAUGGACCCUCCGCCAGUACCUGGCCAGUGCUCAUUUCCGAGAAAGCAGGCAGUGGACUUGUGUGCCCGGUGGCCACGCUGCAGCGCAGUCAAUUGCGCAGCAUCUCGGCUCGACUGCCAAGCGCGCGGCUACGGCCACUCAACACUGCUCUCGUUUGGCGACGCUGACCUCUUCAUGCCACGCCGUGCAGCCUCAGCCCUGGCAGCUCAAAACCUCUCGAGUGUCGUGUGCACGGCUCGGCUGCUGCGUGAGCCAAAGGCGAGCGUGUACGCGGGCGGCGUGCAGGCUUUGAGCUGCUCCUCCCUGGAGUGCACACUCGCACCCGCGCCGCAGCGCCGCCUGCAGCAAGCCGAGCAGCGGCUGCGCCGGCUGAGCCUGCGAAAAGUGCUUGUCGAGGCGGACCCAGACGCGCCGCUGCUGCUGUACGCGCCCGUCGCGGCCGCGAGCGCGAGCGUCGUGGUCGCGCCCGAUGUGUCCGCGCCCGCGCACGAGCGCACUGCGUACGAGUCCGACUUUGCCAAGCACUACUUUCUCGCAGACGCGCACCACAUUUACCGCACGUACUUUGCCCAGAAGCGCGACAGAUUCUUCAUCGAGGUCGGCGGGCUCAACGGCGCCGCGGACGGCUCGAACUCGCUCUUCUUUGAGCGUCACCUCGGGUGGCGCGGGCUGAUGGUCGAGGCGUCGCCUCUCAACUUUGCGGGCCUCUUCACGCGCCGCCCGCUCGCAUGGCGUCUCGAGGCGGCGCUUGGCGCGAGCACACAGACGCUCAGCUUCUCGGGGCACGGAUGCUGCGGCAAGGUAAUCGGCGGCGCGGGCGGCGACAGCUAUCGCGUGCGCGCGGUGCCGAUUGGGCGCGUGCUCAAGGCGAUGGGCGUGGCGCGCGUUGACUUCUGGUCGCUCGACGUCGAGGGCGCCGAGCUCUCGGUGCUCGAGGGCAUGGAUUGGGCCAUCCACGUGUCCGUCUUCCUCAUCGAGUCCGUCAACGAGCAAAUACGCAGCCUGCUGCGCGCACAGGGCUUUGAUCACGCCGCGUACUCUGGCCCGUCGCGUCUCAACGAGAUCUGGGUCAAUCGCAACGGCGUCCCGUGA